AUGCAGUUUGGAAACGCGCUCAUCACUUUGGUUGCGCUUUACGCCAACAUGGCCGAUGCUGGAGUCACAGCUUCACAAGCAAAGACAGCCAAACCCCAAGAAAUGUGCGUCCUCAGCCUUACGCUCGACGGCAAAACCCUCAGAAGCGAGUUUGUAGAACCAGGCCAGGUGUACCCGGCCGUAUUUCAACUCCAUGGCCGUGCCAUUUGGAUCAAGCUUGAAGACGAUUGCACCUUAACGAGAUUGGGACCCUUCUCAGAGUUUCAUGAGCCCCCGCCUUACAAGUUGACAAGCGUGAAGGCUUCGUCCUUGCCGCCAGGCUUCCAGCCUUUCCAAUUGAAGAUGACUCUUGAAGAGCUUGAAAUCUUGGAGGCCCAGGCGCUAAGUACUAUGCACUUUAAGCAAGUCUGCCACUUAACCAUACUGGUCGCGCUGCAAGCCCACACAGUCGCCGGCGCCGACGUCGAACCACCCGGGGCCAGCGUCAAGCCAACAGAAGCCGCACGCCGCCGAGUCUUCAAGAUCGAUGGAGAGGAAUUCACCCCGCUCGAAACUGACUGCCUUAUUCGCAUUUUCAAAAAUAAAAAGACGGUUCAUGCCUUGUUUGUACCGCCUGGAACGGAAUUAGAUUGGCGUCUGGAUCAUAACCAUUAUGCUGUUGGUAUCAAGCAUAAUUGUGACAUUAUAAUAGGCUGGAAACCCUCGUCCUGGAGAAUCGAGGGCGACAAGGUCUCGAGUUUGGCAGAUGGUUUUAGCGUUGUCACGACUAAAUCAACAGACUAA